CAUAGAGGGUAGGGUGUUCGGCAGUGUUCACUUUUACUGCUUUUACUUGCUUUUGUGACAGUAGUAUUAAAGCAAGAAAAGAAGGCUGUUAGAUUAUAUUUUUAGCUUUAUCAGUUAGCUGCAGAUUUAGAUUUCAACAUGGACGAUUUACAGAAUUAUAAAUUGCAACUACAACAGGUGGAAGCAGCUCUUACCACGGAUCCUAGUAAUGAAGAACUCUUAAAAUUGAAAAUUGAUCUCGAGGAAGUAAUAGAGCUGACACAUGAUUUAAUUAAAUCACAGCAACAGGAAAAAAGGCAAGCCAAUGGCAUGGAUGCUAAAGAUCCUAUUUUACUUGCAGUUCUGGCCAAUAAAUGGAAGGUUGGUGAUCAGUGCAUGGCACCUUGGAGCGAAGAUGGCAAGUACUAUGAGGCAACCAUAGAUGCAAUUAGUGAAGAAGGAGUUGUUAAUGUAACUUUUAAUGAAUAUAAAAACACUGAUGUCACAAUGCUCAGUCAGUUAAAAUCAGUAGCCAAAAGGCCUGCAUCAGAUUGGGCAGAUCAAAAAUCAAAGAAAAGAAAAAUGCAAGCUGCUGCAGUAGCAGGCUCUGAUCCUAACAAACAAAGAGAAUACCUUAAGAAAAAGAAACAGAGAAAACUUCAGAGAUUUAAAGAGCUUGAAGAGGAACGUGAAAUGGAAAAAAAUAAAUGGCUAGCAUUUACUAAUAAGUCUUCAAAGAAAGGUGUAAUUAAAAAGAGUAUAUUUGCAACACCAGAAAAUGUCAAUGGCCGAGUUGGAAUUGGAACAUGUGGUGUAAGCGGUCGAGAAAUGACCAAAUUCAGUAAUGGUGAAAAAUGGAGGAGGGGAGCAUGAAUGCUAUUGUAAAUAUGCAAUUUAAUACUUCGUGACAUAGAACUAUCAAUUAUUAAUAUUAUUAUGCUGAGUUCAGUUCUCAAAAGAACUGAAAACGUAUGUUUUGUGUUGUGAAAAUGGUUAAUUGAGCACAUGAAUGAAGAAUGUUUAGUGGUUACUUUUAGAUCGCGCGUAGAUGUUAUAUUAUAAACGAACAAUGACCUCAAUUAAAUCCUGCAAUUACUUGGAUUUUCUACCUUUCUGAAGUGGAUGUAUUGUUAUGAAUGAAUGUAUUUCUAGAUUAAUACAUUUAUGUGGAUAUGAUUUGUUUAUAAUCUGUAAUGGAUACGAAUAAAUGUAUAUUUUAAAUUCA